AUGGCUCUUGCGAACGCCGGUAUGGGUCCCACCCACUACAUCCGUCGCCCCGACGGAGCUAUCUCCCCUAUGCUUGCCAUGGAUGACUUCCCUCAGGGAUUUGUUGUCCAGAACAUCCCGCGUUACCUCACCACCGACCAGCUAGAUGGUUUGGUUCCUUGUGGCAUCAUGCCUACCCGCAUGCAGCCCUUGACCGUCGCCGGUCCUCAACCCGCGGCGGCAUUUGUCAACGACCAGGACAUUUCUGAGCUUGCUGCCCUCUUGAACGAAGUCACGUUCGAAAAUAUUCCAGAACGCCUCAAGAAGUCCAUCACGUCGCUCCUCGAUCGGCCCGGGGGUUUGCACAAGGUGAUCUACGAUAUGAUUGCCGCCGCGAGUGCUCCCCCCAUGACCGAAAAGCAACGCCAGGAGGUAAGUUCAGACCCUCCCAGUCCUUCGAGCAACCCUGGCUGCUCUACUCCACCCACUCCUACUAACCAGCAGGACCAGUCGAAGAAGCUCUGCUCGUACUGGAUUCGAAAGGGCGAGUGCGGCUUCACCCAAGUCGGUUGCAAGUUCCGACACGAAAUGCCCCUGGAUGCGGCCGGUCUUGCUAAAGAAGGUCUUCGUGACAUUCCCGAAUGGUACCGUCUGGCGCACGGGAUCCCCAAGAACUCGCUCCGUAUCCAGCAGGACCUCAUCACGUAUCCAAGCGAGCAGCUGCCUGUUCGGGGUCUGAUUGAGUACAACGUGUCUGACCGAGACUCGACUGCGGAUACCAAUCCCCCUCAGGAAACCAGCUCGACCGACGUUCAGCCUGCCCGGCUUCAAAUCGAGUACCCAAUGCCUGGCCAGGAAGAGGCUUCUGAGCCCAACCCUCCUCAGGGCAACCCUCCUGAGGGAAACCACCCCCAGGACAGCCACCCUUCUCGUGGCCCCUUCACCAGCAGCCGCGGUUGUGACCGUGGUGGUCGGAACAAUCGUUCUCGUGGCUGGCAGCACGGCCUAGGUCAUGGUGGCCACAGCACUCGUGGUAACGACGACCACCAGAGCCCUGCGUUCAGUCAGCCUCGUGUCCCUGCACAGGCUCCUCCUGCCGUCCCUCGGGUCCCUCCUACUCCCGGUAUCUAUCACGCUGUGCCCCCGAUGGCCAGCCCCGAGGGCAGCGUCACGGCAAGCAACCCCCCGGUGUUCAUCACGCACAACCUGGAGACUGGCAGUGGCGAAACUCGUGAAGGCGACUACCCUCCUCCUCGUCUGCCCGUUGGCCCGUUGGAAUUUGAUUCUGAUACGCACCGUGCACUGCACCAAAGCGUGAUGAACCCUGAGGCAGACGUUCGCAACCCGGGUCUGACCCAGGCCAUGGCCAAUUUGCACACCAGUGACCCCCUGCUUGGUGUUGAUAUGAUGGAUACUCGUCAGUUUUUCCGGACUCCGUGGCAGUAUAACCACCCUCAGGCCGCUGGCAAUGAUACUACUGAGGGCCAGCCAAGCACUCUCCGCCAGCUGGUUGCGGAGAGUGAGCCCAUUGACCCCACGGAGGUCUUGGAGGAUUGGGGCCCUAUCGGUGGCCCCGUGAUUCGGCCUAGCACUCGCCGAGGUGCUCGAAACGACGACAAGGUGGCCGCUCAUCGCAAUGCUGUUGCCCAAUGGCACAACCAGGUUAGUAACGAAUGGACCCAGUUCACUGAUAACGGAGGAGUUACUGACUAUUAUACUUGGCGGCUCCAGCGGGGCUGGGCCGACUAUCCAAGUGCGCAGGGCGAGACCUACGAGCAGGCUGCCGGGGCCAGCCUGCUCGCCCCGAACACCGAGCGUGACCGGUGGAUGGCGGCCCACCGGGCGUUCCUCGAGGUGGCACGGGCUGAGGGCGGCGACCUCAAGAUGGGUCGCCCCCGAGGCUUCUAA